GUGAUUGCAAUGGCUUCCAACCUAUUCUUUUCUGAGUUUUCUUCCUUCACCCUCUCUCUCCUCCUACUGAUCUUCUGCCUCUCAUCUUCUCUCUCCUCCGCCGAUGUCGUACUCCCUCCAUCUCCAUCUCCGUCUCCAUCUCCAUCCACCCCUGUCUCAACCGGUACCAUUUGCAGCUACACUCUUGACCCUUCCUUCUGCAGAUCUCAGCUCCCCAAAAACAACUCGGCCAAUCUCUACGACUACGGCCGCCUCUCCUUCCGUAAAUCCUUAUCCUCCGCUAGUAAGUUCCUCAAACUAAUCCUAAGAUACCUCAAACACCCUUCCUCCCUAACACCCUCCGCUAUCGCCGCGCUAACCGACUGCAAAUACCUCGCUUCCCGCAACCUGGAUUUUCUCUCGACUUCUUUCCAAACAGUCUCCAACACUUCUUGCAGUCCCCUCGAUGUUUCGACAGCUGAUUACGUCCAGACACUCCUGAGCGGCAUCUUAACAAACACCCAGACCUGUCUGGACGGGCUCCAGGCCACGGCUUCGGCCUGGACUACCGUGGGAGAGGGCAUCUACGCCCCUCUCGCAAAUAACACGAAACUGUUUAGUAUGUCUCUGGCGCUUUUCACAAAAGGGUGGGUUCCGGAACACAAAAACCGAACGGCGAAGCAUGUGCACAAAAGGCAUCUACCGCUGCGUAAUGGUACGUAUCCUUUCAAAAUGUCGAGCCAUCACAAGGCGAUUUUCGAAUCCACAAGUGGGAGGAAACUGCUGCAAACGUCGAGCGACGAUGGGCAGGUUCUGGUGAAUAAUAUGGUGACUGUGAGCCAAGACGGUGGUCAGAAUUUCAUAACCGUUAGCGAGGCGGUGGCAGCGGCUCCGAAUAAUACUAACGGCAGCACUGGGUAUUUCUUGAUAUACGUUACGGCCGGAGUUUAUUAUGAGUACGUGACGAUUCCGGAGAACACCAAGUAUGUGAUGAUGAUUGGUGAUGGAAUCAAUCAGACGGUGAUCACGGGAAACCACAGUGUUGCUGAUGGGUGGACCACUUUCAAUUCUGCAACCCUUAUCGUGGAGGGAGAAGGAUUUGUUGCAGUGGGCAUAUCAUUCCGCAACACUGCCGGAGCAAUCAAGGCACAAGCCGUGGCCGUCCGAACCAGCGCCGAUUUGUCUUCCUUCUAUAGCUGCAGCUUCGAAGCAUAUCAGGACACUCUGUAUGCCCAUUCCCUCAGGCAAUUCUACCAAGAAUGCGAUAUCUACGGCACGGUAGAUUUCAUAUUCGGCAACGCAGCUGUCGUGUUCCAAGACUGCAACAUCUACCCGCGGCAGCCAUUGAAGGGGCAGUCCAACACCAUUACUGCCCAAGGCCGAACGGACCCGAACCAGAACACAGGCACUUCAAUCCAGAAUGCUACCAUCACGCCAGCCGCUGACUUGGCUUCGUCCAAUUUUACUGUCCAGACAUAUCUGGGUAGGCCCUGGAAGUUGUAUUCCACGGCCGUUUUUAUGCAAUCUUAUAUGGGCGGAUUAAUCAACCCGGCGGGUUGGUUGGAAUGGAGCGGAGAUUUCGCCCUGAAUACAUCGUACUAUGCCGAGUUUGGCAACACGGGGCCUGGAUCGAACACGGCUGAGAGAGUAACAUGGCCUUGUUACCACAUUAUUACCGCGGCACAAGCCGCUAAUUUCACCGUGGCUAAUUUCUUAGUUGGGGACGGCUGGUUACCCGAAACAGGAGUGCCUUACACUGAUGGGUUAGAAUGAACAGAAUCCUUAAAUAGGUCUCUCUGUUCUUCGGUUCGCACAAUUCAGCUGAAACUAAUUAGUUCAAUUCGUGUAAAGCCCAAGCAUGCACAAAUUAAGUGCUUGCCUUGCGUCGUAGUGAUUAUUUAUGAAUUAAAAUUCAAACAAUGUCAAGUGUAUUUUGCAUGUUGUCAAUUUGAUUGUCCCGUGUCUAAUACGUGAAUAUAACAACAAUGG